GUCCUUUGUCACCCGGCUGUCUCCCUCCAGCCGCCGUUUUGUCGAGGCUGCGCGAGUUCUAGCUGUUAGCUGUUUUUUUGUCUGUCAAAGAUGGCCGCGGGUCCUCUAUCUGUCUCUUCUAACGCGUCCACUAACAACGAUGGUAUUCUCAUUGGGGACAAACUUUACUCUGAAGUGUGCCUAACAAUAGACAGCUCGCUGGUACCGGAGGAAAGGCUCUGUCCGACGCCAUCUAUGCUCGACGGCCUCGACGCUAACACCGAGACCGACCUCCGUAUUCUUGGUUGCGAAUUGCUCCAGUCGGCGGGUAUUCUUCUCCGGUUACCUCAGGUGGCUUUGGCGACGGGUCAGGUUCUUUUCCAUCGGUUCUUCUACUCCAAGUCCUUCGUAAAGCACAGUUUCGAGAUCGUUGCCAUGGCGUGCGUCAACUUGGCCUCAAAAAUCGAAGAAGCACCCCGACGAAUACGAGACGUCAUCAACGUUUUCCAUCACCUGAGGCAGCUCAGAAGCAAAAAGACUCCAAGUCCAUUGAUACUUGAUCAGAACUACAUUAAUACCAAAAACCAAGUCAUCAAAGCAGAACGGCGGGUCCUGAAAGAGUUGGGCUUCUGUGUUCAUGUCAAGCAUCCACACAAGAUUGUCGUUAUGUACCUCCAAGUCCUGGAAUGUGAGAAGAAUCAGGUUCUGGUCCAGACAGCCUGGAACUACAUGAACGACAGCCUGAGGACAAAUGUGUUUGUGAAAUUCCAAGCUGAAACCAUCGCUUGUGCCUGCAUUUACCUCGCUGCCCGAGCUCUGCAGAUGCCGCUACCAACCAGACCUCAUUGGUACCUGCUGUUUGGAGUCACUGAGGAUCAGAUUAAGGAGAUCUGCGUCACCACCCUUAAACUCUACACCAGAAAGAAGCCAAACUACGAUCAGCUGGAGAAGGAGGUGGAGCGGCGGAAGGUGUUUUUGGCAGAGGCCAAGCUGAAGGCCAAAGGCCUCAACCCUGAUGGGACCCCUGCCCUGUCUAAUAUGGGUGGAUUCUCUCCUGCCUCCAAGCCUUCCACCCCUAACGUGGUCAAGGUGGAGGAUAAAUCCCCAAAUCCGCAGAGCAUCAAACCCAUAAAGAAGGAACCGGAAAACCGCGGUCAGAUCAAGAGUCCACAUAACGGGUUGAGGAAGGAGGUGAAGAUCGGGAGAAACAGCAGGAGUGGAAGUGGUUCUCGUUCAAGAUCACGGUCCAGAUCCCGCUCUGCUCGCAGACACAGACGCAGCCGCUCAGGAACAUACAGCUCUCGUUCACGGUCCCGCUCUCAUAGUCGCAGUCCAUCGCCACGACGGCACCAACUGUCUCCUCUCCUUUCACACCUCAAGACCAAGGCAAGUCACCAUGGCAUCAGCAACCCCAAGAUGAGUGGGCGUCAUGGUAGCAGUGGUGGUUCGGGCCACAAGAGGAAGCGGUCACGGUCUCGCACUCCCGUCAAAUUGGACAGGGACAGAGAACGGGAACGGGAGAGAGACAGAGACCGCAGCUCCUUUGAUCUGUCUUCAAAGAAACACAAACACGAGCGAGGGAGUGGACAUCGAGACAGGAGGGAAAGGGAGAGGUCUCGGUCCUACGACCGGGACAGAGACCGGGAGCGCAGCCACAAGAGCAAACACCACAGCAGUAGUGGACAUUCGGGACAUAGCCGUCAUCGGCGCUGAGACGCAAAUGGAGACAAGCACUGGGGCUGAAGGACCGAUUCUAUUUUAUGAAGUUGGAUGUGCUCUCUGAAUCAUGGUGGCAUGCCAGAAGAUGUUGUUCGGAGAUGGUAAUGAAAUGAGGCCAAAUUAAACAGUUUGUCGUUUUAUGUUAGCAUGACUACUGUGACUCAGAACCUGUCAGGCUGCUGUUGGUUACUCGUGUCGCUGCUGCAGAAUUUGUCCUGAUUUUAUUUCAUGAUUAAACUCUUAAGUAGAGUUGUCUUCAUCUGAUUUCAUACUAACAAUCUAUCUUCAUGGUUUCCCCAUCUAUCAACCGUUUAACCAAGUGACCAAACACUCAUGCCGCUUUGGCACAGACUGAUAACUGGACUAAAUGUUUAGUUCCCACCUCCGACAACAUCUGGAUCCAGCAGGGACUCCUAGAGGGGACAUUUCUGUCUUGUCUAUGCUAAAGACAGCAGAGGUCUUCUCAGCCCCAUGCUUGUCUUUGUCCCUGUCCCGCCUAGCCUACUCGUGUCUCUGGUUUAAUCUGUAAAGUUACAAACUUAUUUACAAUGUAAAGUUUUGAUGACCACUGACAAAAUGUGAAUGCUUUGAUUUAUAAAAGCAAACUGUUCAGUGAAAUGGGUAAAUGUAAAAAUAAAUGUUCAGGAAUGAUCAGAAUGUUUGCACAUGAAGGGGCUGACAGGUGGUUAGUUAUUUUCUUUUGUUGGACAGAUAUACGUUGCUUGAACAAGUGGUGAUCUUUAUUUUACUCUGCUGUUUUCCCCCAACAGGAAAAGCAAAGCAUUUAAGUUUCUUUUAGGCUUGUACAUUUGUUACACUGGUUUUUAUUCUGCACGUGGUCAUGUCCAAUUUUUAUUCAGUAAUAAAAGAGUUCUGCCACUGA